GGUGAAAACGGUUAUUUUGGACAAUUUACCGAAAUAAUCCUUAGGGCCUUGGGAUUCUUCGUUCUUCACCCCUUUCUCUUUUUCUCAGUUUCUCCUCUCUCCUAUCGACCUCCACCCAGGUUUUUUUCUUCUCCAUCGUUCCUUGUAGCGCCACACACCGCCACUUCAACCUCACUCCUAACUUUCAUUAAUUAAUUUCUUUUUCCCUCAACCUCCACCAUUGCUAUUUACGGUCGUGGGCGCAUCUUUUCAUCGAUUUUCUUUUUCAUUCACUCUCUUCUGCAACCUCACGUCGCAAGCUGCCCUUUCCACAAAUUCUUUCCCAAUAUAUUUCUAUGAUUUUGUGCUGCUAACUCCGCCUUGUCUCUCGUUUUCUGCCCUCGCCGGAGAAUCGACGAAUAACCUGCUUAUCGUCCUACCCUUGUUAUCCUCCACCGCCGUGGCCUUGCAGGAAACAGCUGCACGCGGUUUGUUUCUUGGUCGAUUUUUGUGAAGACUGAAUCCGAGCAUGACUGUGGAGGUUUCUCAGCCAAAUGGAGUUGUCUCGAAUGGUGACUUGGACCUCAAUUCUAACCCUAAAUCUGGCGCCGUCAAGAAGUCACGAGAAAGUGAACGACGUCGUCGUCGACGAAAGCAGAAGAAAAACCAGAAGGCCUCUAAGGUGAAGGAGGCUGCUGGUGGAGACGAUAGUGACGCUUCCGGCGACGACACGAAGGAGAACGAUGAUCCACUGCAGGUUGUUGAGAAAGUAGAAAUUGAAUAUGUACCUGAGAAGGCUGAACUAGAUGAUAGCUUGGAUGAAGAUUUUAGAAAAGUUUUUGAGAAAUUCACUUUUAGUGAGGUUGCUGGUGCUGAGGAGAAUGAAAAUAAAGAUGAGUCUGCCCAAAAUGCAACGUCUAAGAAGUCAGACUCAGAUUCUGAUGAUGAAGAACUUGAUAACCAACAAAAGGAAAAAGGGUUGUCAAACAAGAAAAAGAAGCUGCAACGACGUAUGAAAAUUGCGGAGUUGAAGCAGAUUUGUUCGAGACCAGAUGUUGUUGAGAUCUGGGAUGCAACUGCUGCUGAUCCCAAGUUACUUGUUUAUCUAAAAUCUUAUCGAAAUACAGUUCCUGUGCCAAGGCAUUGGUGUCAGAAAAGGAAAUUUUUACAGGGGAAGCGUGGUAUCGAGAAGCAACCAUUCCAACUUCCAGAUUUUAUUGCAGCAACAGGAAUUGAGAAAAUUCGACAGGCAUACAUAGAAAAAGAGGAUAGUAAAAAAUUGAAGCAAAAGCAAAGAGAACGAAUGCAGCCAAAGAUGGGAAAGAUGGAUAUUGAUUAUCAGGUUCUUCAUGAUGCAUUUUUCAAGUACCAAACGAAGCCAAAGCUGACAACUCUUGGAGAUCUGUACUACGAAGGGAAAGAAUUCGAGGUUAAGUUGAGGGAGAUGAAACCAGGCAUGCUGUCACAAGAACUGAAAGAAGCGCUUGGUAUGCCAGAAGGCGCUCCUCCUCCAUGGCUCAUCAACAUGCAGAGAUAUGGUCCUCCACCAUCCUAUCCAGAUCUCAAGAUUCCAGGACUCAAUGCUCCCAUUCCACCUGGAGCUAGCUUUGGUUACCAUCCUGGUGGCUGGGGCAAGCCUCCUGUGGAUGAAUACGGCCGUCCAUUGUAUGGAGAUGUGUUCGGUGUUCAGCAACAGGAGCAAGCUAACUACGAGGAGGAACCUGUUGAUAAGACCAAGCAUUGGGGUGAUUUGGAGGAGGAGGAAGAGGAAGAGGUGGAGGAAGAAGAUGAGGAGGAACUUGAAGAAGAAGAAAUGGAAGAUGGCAUUGAAUCUGUGGAUAGUCAAUCAAGCACUCCCACUGGUGUGGAGACACCCGAUGUUAUUGACCUUCGGAAACAACAGAGGAAGGAACCAGACAGGCCCCUUUACCAAGUCCUUGAAGAAAAGGAAGAAAGAGUUGCUCCUGGGACUUUGCUUGGAACUACUCAUACCUAUGUUAUUAGUGGUGGUACUCAAGAUAAGACAGGAGCUAAAAGGGUUGAUUUGCUUAGAGGUCAAAAGUCUGAUAAGGUGGAUGUUACUUUACGACCUGAAGAAUUGGAAGCUAUGGAAAACGUUCUACCUGCGAAGUAUGAGGAAGCUAGGGAAGAGGAGAAGUUACGGAGUCAGAGGGAGGACUUCAGCGACAUGGUUGCCGAGAAUGAGAAGAAAAGAAAACGUAAGAUGCAAGAGAAGGAAGGGAAGUCUAAGAAGAAGGAUUUCAAGUUCUAGACAAUCUUUUGUUAUGAUAAUCAAAAACCACUCUUCUCUAUCGAAUUCUGACUGCCAUGCCCAUCGUGAUUUUACUUGAAGAAGCUGCUUUUGCUUUUGGUGGAGAUGUUCUAAUCUUGUGUAGUAUCAAAGUAUGUGCAAUCCUAUAUAAACUUCAGGAUUGUGUAGUUCUUUCUAAAACCAGAUCCUCUUUGUAGGAUAAUCUACAUUGUAGUUAGUUUGCCUACGACUUUACUACGUGAUGUAGUUUGCCAUAUUUAGUAGGUACUGUAUUCACUCUUUUCAAUUCCCGAGCUUAGAAUUGGCUGCUGUGGUGUGACCGACUUAUUUGAACAGUAGGUGCGGUGGAAGAAGAGAUGGGUCUUCCACAAUGAGUUUAUGCUGUUUUGUCAUGGCCACUCUGCCUGUUGUACUUUAAACACCAAUCAACUACAUGAAAAAGCAUAAAAUGGUGUUGGUGCUGA